AUUGAUUACGGCCCUCGGAUGGUCUCACACCAUGUGACAGGAGCAGAGGAGAGCCAGACCUCUUCACCAUCACCACCGAGUAGCGCGGAUGAAAGACCGAUCACCUUCAGAGCAGCAUCAGAGGAAAAGGCCCCGUGUUCCCACCGAGGCCGCCUCCGAUUCACCGCCACCCGGGAUGGAGGACGAAACGCCGCCAAUCCGCGGGAAUUGACCCAAAACCCCCUCAAGAAGAUCUGGGUGCCCUGUAAAAACGGCCUUCCUGAGAAACACAUUUCUCAAAGAAAGGUAUGUAUGACGAAUUGUCCGACCCUGAUCGUGACUGUGGGCCUUCCUGCCAGAGGGAAGACCUACAUCUCCAAGAAGCUGACGCGCUAUCUCAACUGGAUUGGAGUCCCCACCAGAGAGUUCAAUGUUGGGCAAUACAGGAGGGAGUAUGUGAAGAUCUACAAGUCUUUCGAGUUCUUCCGUCCAGAUAAUGAAGAGGGGUUAAAGAUCAGACAACAGUGUGCUUCAGCGGCGUUGAAUGACGUGCGACAAUACCUCACCGAUGAAGGAGGCCAAGUGGCGGUUUUCGAUGCGACAAACACCACCAGAGAAAGGAGGGAGACCAUCAUCCAGUUUGCCGAGCAGAAUGGCUUCAAGGUUUUCUUUGUGGAGUCUGUGUGUGAAGACCCUGAUGUCAUCCAGGAGAACAUAGUGCAAGUGAAGCUGGGCAGCCCCGACUACACCAACUGUAACACGGAGGAGGCCGUGGAAGACUUUAUGAAGAGGAUCAAGUGCUAUGAAAACUCCUAUGAAACUCUGGAUGAAAGUCUGGACAGGGAUCUCUCCUACAUUAAGAUCAUGGACGUGGGCCGGCGCUUCCUGGUGAACCGGGUGUUGGACCACAUCCAGAGUCGGAUCGUCUACUACCUCAUGAACAUCCACAUCACGCCGCGCUCCAUCUACCUGUGCCGCCACGGCGAGAGCGAGCUCAACGUCAAGGGUCGCAUCGGAGGAGACUCGGGCCUGUCAGCCAGGGGCAAAGAGUUUGCAAGGUUCCUGGGCCAGUUCAUCCAGGAGCAGGGCAUCAGCGACCUGAAGGUUUGGACCAGCCAGAUGAAGAGAACCAUCCAGACGGCCGAGGCUCUCAACGUGCCCUAUGAGCAGUGGAAGGUCCUCAAUGAGAUCGACGCGGGUGUGUGUGAGGAGAUGAUGUAUGAAGAGAUCCAGGAGAACUAUCCCCUGGAGUUUGCCCUGAGGGACCAGGACAAAUAUCGCUAUCGUUACCCCAAAGGAGAGUCUUACGAGGACCUGGUGCAGCGUCUGGAGCCGGUCAUCAUGGAGCUGGAGAGGCAGGAGAACGUGCUGGUCAUCUGUCACCAGGCCGUCAUGCGCUGCCUGCUGGCCUACUUCCUGGACAAGACAGCAGAGGAGCUGCCUUACUUGAAGUGCCCGCUGCACACUGUGCUGAAGCUAACACCAGUGGCCUAUGGCUGUAAAGUCGAGUCCAUCAGCCUCAAUGUGGACGCAGUGAACACUCACCGAGACAGACCGGAGAACGUAGAGGUGUCACGGAUGUCAGAGGAGGCUUUGCUAACAGUGCCAGCUCACCAAUGAGGCAGUGUCACCCUCUCUCACCUCCCUUCACACACACCCCCAAACCCCUUUACCCUCCUUUACCCCCCUCCCCCUUGUACCCGGCUUCCUCAGCCACAAACCCACCCAACCAAGCGACUCUAGCUUUCUGCUCCACCUUCCUCUGACUGGAUUAGUUUCCACACUUGUCUGUUUCCCCCUCCUCUUACAUUUUAGGACUUGAUAGUAUGGUGGUAAUUAACUGGAAUCCAGUUUAUAAUUUUUGACUAUUAUCUUUAUGGCACAGUUCAUCGAGUGUCAUAUGCAUUUUCUCAUUUUUGGAGAAUGACUGAAAAGCCAAUGAAGGUUUUUGUGAAUCACUACUGUACUCGGAACUGUGACGCAAUGAAGCUACGGCACUUUUCAUUUGAAAUGACAUAAGUUUGAAGUAGUAUUAAUAAGUGGUAGUUUACUUUCUGAGUACUUUUGUCUCUGGAUCCACAAUGUUGAUUUUGAUCAGUGUCUUGUAUACUUUAUAUGUACUGUGGUAAGAAUCACUAAACUGUAAUCUGCUGACAUGUCUUAGUAUUACAGUGUUGCACAAAAUGAAACAAUGUUGUGCAUUUGCCACAUUUUGCACAUAAAGAGCAGUUUAAUUUUUUUAGUUCUCUCUAUAAUUUCUUCCAUUAGUUUAUUUCUAUUUUUAGGAUAUCUGAAAUUAAGUUUCACCAACAAUCUUGUAUGAAGAAAAUCAUAGCGGCACAGAAGUGCUUUGCUUUAUUGUUGUCUUUCCUCCAGUAAUGUGAAGGGUCUUGUCUUCAUGUCAUUGGUCAGAAAUAAGAGGAAGUCAUUUCUGUUUACUGUCUCUGAAUAAACUCAACUUGACCAGUGCUGCUGCACGUCAUGCAUCCA